CCGCGCCUACCACCUUCCAUCUCGCCAGCCCUCAACCCCGGCUCAUCGCAUCCUCCCCGCCGCCCACGCCCACCAGACAUCCAGCAUGCCGAACACGGCUGCGCACGCCAGCGCCGGCGCCGGCGAGUCCUUCUCCCACAUCCGCAACAAGCACAAGCGGCAGGACGUGUACCGCAAGCACCGCCGCGAGAAGGCGCAGGAGAAGCUCAAGACGCGCAUUGCGCGCGCAAAGGAGGAGAAGGGCGAGGGCGGCAGCGAGAAGAAGAAGGCUCGGUUGGAAGCGAAUGUGCCACGCACCAUCGAGAACACGCGCGACUUCAACCAGACCAUCAUCAGCGCACCCAACACGCACGCUGGCCCCGGGCCGUCUGCUGCUGUCGCGCAGUCGAUGGCGCAGAACGACGAUGACGCUGCCGAAGGCUCGGGCGAUGCCGGCCAGGGCCAGGCAGAAGAGGCAGCGGGAGACGAGGAUGAGGACGAGGACCCGCAUGCGCCGCCAGCGCUCCUCAUCACCACGUCUCUGCCCUCGAACAACACCACGCCGCAUCUCGUCUCGGCGAACGCGCGGUCAAAGCCGGGCGAGCGCACGCGUGCCUUUGUCGACGAGCUCCUGAACAUCUUUCCCGGCGCCGAGUACCGGCCACGGUCAAAGGCCAAGGGCGCAGGGCUGGGCAAGAUCUCGGGCUGGGCGCGGGGGCGUGGCUACGGCGGCAUGCUUGUCAUCGGCGAGGACAAGAAGGCGCCCGUGUCGCUGACCAUCGUCGGCCUGCCGCACGGGCCGACGGCCUUCUUCCGCCUGACGAGCCUGAGCAUCGGCAGCGAGAUCUACGGCCACGCGCGGCCCACGCCGCACACGCCCGAGCUCAUCCUCAACAACUUCACCACCUCGCUCGGCCACUCCAUCGGCGGCCUGCUGCAGUCGCUCUUCCCGCGCGUGCCAGAGCUGGCCGGCCGGCAGGUGAUCACGGCGCACAACCAGCGUGACUUCAUCUUCUUCCGGCGGCACCGCUACAUGUUCAAGAGCACGGACAAGACGGCGCUGCAGGAGAUCGGGCCGCGCUUCACCAUCAAGCUGCGCAGCCUGAAAGAAGGCCUGCCGAAGGGCGCCGGUGUGUGGGACGGGCAGGUCAACUUCGAUGGCGUGCCGGAAGAGACCAAGGACGAGGAGCAGGCCCAGGAGGAGCUGGACGAGGCUGCCGAGGGAAGUGGAGCUGCGGCCGCGCAGAGCGCCACGGGCAUGCGCAAGCGCAAGCCAGAGACGGGACGCGCUGCGGAAGAGGACAAGGGUCUCGAGUUUGAGUGGAAGCCGCGCAUGGGCGUCUCUCGGCGCAGCUUCUACCUGUGAUCUGCUGCUCUGCGCCUGCCGCACAUGGCAGCGCCUGUACACUAUCCUUUGCGAUGCAUGCAUUUGACGUCCACUACCGCUUGCCGUCGCCCGAGUCGCGCUCGUCUUUGCCGACCUCCUGCUGGCUGUCGGCGGCAAGGGCGUCCUUCAUGCUGUGAGACGCGCUGCCGCGCUUCAGCGGCUUCAUCUGCGAGGCCGCCGGCUUCCAU